AUGAUUACUUCUGAAUCUUCGAACAACAUGCAGCUACAACUGCAAGGUACUUAUUUUGGUUUACGCAUUUACACAAACACUAGUGUUAAUGUGAUGAGCAACCUCGCACAUGUCAUGGCAACCUCCAUCGUCGGAUUAAUCGGCGAUAAUUCAGUGAUGGUUAACCAACAGAAGAUUGUUCCUUACUUACAUCAAACGGAGUCAGGCCGUGUUGCCAAGCUUGAGAUUUUCUCUCACUAUGUUGCUAGGCAAAUGAGAUUUGUAGAUGCCGACGAGGUUCCAGAGUUGUGCAGAUUGGCACAGGACUACUUGAGAAACACGAAAGGGUGUAAAGAAAAUAUAUAUCAAUAUCUAGCCAAUGGGGACAACGCUAAGGCACUAUAUGCAAAAUUGAUUGAAGAAUUUGAAAGAUGCAUCCUCAGUUAUUUUGCUUUUCAUUGGAACCGAGCUUCAUUUAUCAUUACCCAGGUAUUAAGUUCUCAGUCCCAACCCAAAAAUAAAUCUCAAAAAUAUUCUUUUGGAAGCCACAAGGGAACAUAG